AUGGAUAGACAUUUAAUUGCUCAGGGAGCUGAAGGAAAAGUGUUUUUGGGGAAACUGUUUGGAGAGGAUGUCGUGAUCAAAGAAAGGAUUGCAAGGAAAUAUCGUCAUCCACUGCUGGAUGCAAAAAUCAGGCAAAAAAGAAUAUUGCAGGAAACGAGAAAUAUGGGGAAAGCGAGGAAAGAAGGAGUUCCCAUUCCUGCUGUGCUGUUUGUAGAUGCAGCUAAUUGUGUAAUUUUCAUGGAAAAAAUAACCCCUGGGAUCACAGUUAAGGAAUUUCUGCUGAAAGCACAAGAUGUGAGCAAAGAAAUAAUGAUUGAUUUAGCACACAAAAUUGGAAGAAAUAUAGCACUGCUACAUAACAUACAGUGUAUACAGGGCGAUUUAACGACGUCUAAUAUGAUGAUAAAACCAUUUGUAUCUUUAGGGGCAGAACUUAAUGACUCAAAUGACAUUAUACAAGAAAUUUUGAAAAAUAAGGAUGUAGGAACGGUGUAUAUGAUAGAUUUUGGGUUAAGUUUUAUAUCAAAUUUGCCAGAAGAUAUGGCAGUUGAUCUAUAUGUACUAGAAAGAGCGAUUGGAAGUUUGCAUCCUGAAUGUAGCUCACUUUUUGAGGAUAUUCUUGAAGGAUACAAGCAAAACUGUACCAAAGCGAAUAUAAAUAAAAUGGCAUUCGGUUCGAGAGAAAUUAGCUCUGCUAAUUUUCUCUCCCUCAUGGAAUUUUAUUUAUAGGGUUAGGUUUUCACUCGGGAACUUCUGGACAGCAAUAGCGGUUUAACUCUGGGGAUAACCAGAGGAACCACUCCUCAGUCCACUCAAGAUUUCGGGCUUUUACCUCUCAGCACAUCCCCACGGGAGGAUGACCCUUAGGCGGAACACGCGCAGGAGCUGAGUCGAGCGACAAGGGCGACGGCAACGCGCCGGGUGAGACGUGCAGCAAGGCUGGCGAAGCAGGAGUUGAUAGAAGGCUUGGAUGGGGCUGACCCGUGCCAAGAUGGCUCGCCUACGUCAUCAGUUUUGCCAUAGGCCCUUUUGGGCUGCGGCACUAGACACCUUAAACACCAGAUAAUUAAGUAAGUAAGUACCAAAGCGAAUAUCAAUUUAACAAGACUAAGCCAAGUAAGAUUGAGAGGGAGAAAGCGACUUGCAUUUGGGUAA